AUGAGUGCUCACAGGGUUUUUCUCAGUCUAAAAGAUGGGGAUAAGUUGCCAUAUCGGCCAGGGGAUAGUGUCACUGUUUUCGCGGAAAAUAACGAAGCCGACGUCUCCUGGUUGCUUCAACGGAUGGGUGGAAACUUAUCGCCUGAUCAGUUUGUAGUCCUCAAACAAGACCCGAUUCUACGCAACUCCAUUCCUCGUGGUCCUCCUGUCGGCGUACCAAUCACUCCGAGACUUCUUGUACGUCACCAUUUGGAACUUCACUCCCUUGCGUCAAGAAAGACGAUUCAGCUGUUGGCUAAUAGCUGUAAUGAUGAAGAAGAGAGGCGAAUUCUUUUAAAAAUGAGUGGGCGUGAAGGCAUGCAACUUUAUAACGAAUUGAUAAAAAAAGUAUCAGCAACGGCAAUGGACAUCCUCGCAACCUUUGGUAGUUGCCGUCCAAGUUUGGAAACUCUCCUCGAUGUCUUUCCUCCUCUCGCUGCUCGACCAUAUUCCCUAAUUGAUGAGUACCGUGAAAAAUCUCCACAGGAUCUAAGUUUUGCCUUCACAAUGAUAGAUUUUUCGAAAGACUCAAGGAAUAAUGAUGUAACUUGCAAGGGAGUCACUUUGAAACGCUAUUGUCGUCAAACUGGUGUUGCCACCGGAUAUAUUCAUCGACUGUGGGAGGAAAAAAUUAAAAAUGGAGCUAGUCCUCACAUGCAUAUAUCUCUUCAUCCAAACCUGAACAAUUUCUACCAUCCUCCUAACGCCGCCGAUCCUCUAAUCCUGAUCUGUGCUGGUACUGGCAUCGCGCCAUUCAUCAGCUUCUUGAAGUACCGACGUCGAUUAAAACAAUCACAGCCUUCGGAGAUUGGCUCUACAUGGCUUAUUUUCGGCUGCCGCGAUCCGAACUUCGAUCUGCUCUUUGCGGAAGAAUUGGAUGGCUUUCUGAAGGACGCGACUUUGACGCAACUCUGCCUCGUUUUUUCGCGCUUUUCAGGACCUCUACCCCCACAUCUCCACAAGGCGAUCAGAUCUAAGGCACUUGUUCCUCCUGGAUGCAAAUACGUUCAGGAUUGCAUCUGUUCUUCAACUGUCUCGGCUAACAGCGACGCCUCCGCGGUAGAACUUCCUGGUCUACUUGAGAACUUUCACAUUUCCUCUUUAUCAGACAUAGGGAUUUCCUCGAGGCUGGCCCAACUGGUGUGCGAACAGGGAGGUCAUGUUCGUGUCUGUGGUGAUGCCAAAGGAAUGGCACCGGCUGUCGCUUCUGCAUGGACGGUUCUCUUUGCCACCUGGAAACAAGCAUCCGAAGAUGUCGACAGUGUCGACCUGAAAGCAGGAGCAGAAUUUCUUGUCCAACUGCGUAAAGAGAAACGCUACAUUGAGGACGUGUGGUGCUAG